GUAUUUAAUACAGCUCAACGUUAUCAAUCGAGCACUCGUGACCGUCUGGGUUGUUGUUGUUGUUUAUUUACAUUAAUUUAUAUUAUCGUAAAUACCAUACAUGUCGAUUUAAUAAGCUGAAGAAGAUGAAACGUGACGUGAUAUUAAGCUUAUUUGCAACAUGUGCUAUUGUGGGCGGUAUUUACGUAGACAAAGGGAAUCCGUACAAACAAGGUCUCCUAAAAGUCGGUCAAAUUACACUGUCGGAAACCAUAGUUGGGAGUCCGCUACAUACAAUAGCGUUUUUCCCAUUGGAAAAUGGUGACUAUCCAGUUGUGAUUUUCCUGGGCGGUCUUAACACGUACGUCCUAUCCGAGCUGUACACGGUUGUCCUAUCCUCCAUUGCUUCACAUGGUUUCUUCGUGUUUGGAGUGGACUACCAGUUUCCCGUUUACGACGAGAGGAUGCAAUUCACCAAACCCCAAAAAUAUGGAAAGCAGGACAUCGACAAAUUUUUCAAACAACUGACUUGGUUGGAAAACUAUUUCAGAAACAGAACCGAAGCAAUACCUGUCUUCAACUCAACAGGGCUGCUUUGUCAUUCGUCAGGAUGUGACGUCAGCGUGAAAAUGAUUAAAGAAAAGAGAAAUCUAUUCAAAUCUACUGCAUUUUUGGAACCUUUCACGGCUGACGUUGAUUCUCCCAUCAAAAACGGCAUGCCUGCCUUAAUGUACGGAACACAGCUCUCCGAGGAGGGAUUGAAAUGCGCCAUUCCUGGUUUUGACUACAACAAGUUGUACGAUAUUUGGUCCUGUCCUCGAAUUGUCAUGAAUGUAGCGGAUUUUGGACACUGUGACAUUCUGGAUCCAGCGGGGUGGGAAAUGUGUCAUGUAACCCACUUCUGCAAGACAACAAACGACACCCUUUUAACAGAGUACCGUCAGUUUGUACAGGGUGUGACCUCAGCUUUCUUCAUCUCUACCCUACAGGGUUUAACAAAAGACAUCUCCUAUGUGACAACCUCAAAUCUGAUUCCUCUUAAACUUCUUGAGUUAAAAUCUGAUAUCAAUUGUUAAUCAUUGACGGUUGGGAUUUCUGAGUGAUCAAAAAGAACUGUUAUAUAGAAUUAAAUAAAGAUUAUGCAAAGAGGUAAUUUUAUUUCUUUGUGUUAAAUUGAUGAUCAUAAAAAUAUUUGAAAAUUUAUACAUAAAAGAAGUUGUCCCUUA